GAAAUGAUAAGUCCAGGUAAAGUGACAAGAAGUGCAGAAGUAGGCCUAUGUUUGAUUUUGUGAUUAAGGUUUUUAGUAUCUGUAAACGUCUCUAACGUUCACGAACACGUCAGGCUCUUCGUCUACCAGUGCUACAGUGGAAUCAGACCCCAUGGGCCAUGGCAGACAUGCCAGAGGCGAGUCUUUGUAUCUCACGGUCAGACCGUGAUGAUGAAGAAGUUUCAGAUAAAGAACGGGAAGAUGUCCUCGUCCUUGAGACUGAUUUAUUGUCCAUGGAGCCUGGUUUGGAAAACAGGUCAGAGUCAACUGAGGAUAUCACGACACGCACAGAUGACAGCUACUACGUCACAUGGACAGUUUGCAUUGCCCUAGCUGUCCCAACAGGGGAAGAAGACACAGUCCAUGAAGCUCCUGAAAAGACAAAGAAAGCAAAUAAAGAUUCAUCUACUGUUUUGGUGAAAGCCCAUAAAGCUCAGAGCUGCUAUCAUAUUGAAUACAAGUUGUUGCCAGGCGAUACAGAGACAGUCAAAGUGGACCUAGUAUUGUUUGGGCCAGUGGUAAAAAUAUACAAAGAAGACGAGUUCAAGAUUCUGAGAACAUGGCAUGAAGGAGAUCGGACAUGGGUUGGUUGGAUACAGAAUUUCAGCGUCAAUGUCAACAGGGAGUUGCUGAUCAGUCUACUUCCUCAUAAGAUCACGCUCCAGAUAUGGAACAGUAAGGACAAAUUGUGCAGCCAGGCCCGCUAUGAAAGACUGAAGGCCUUCAGAUUGACACAGGAUCAGACUGAAGAUGCAACAGAGAUGUGUGGUGACAUCAAGACUAUGGUGAAGAAACUGAGAUUGUCAUGUGAGAGCAAGUCAAACACACCUAAAAAACACAGAAGUCAUAUCCUGUUUCAUUCCAGUUCAGAGGAGGACUCAGAAACAGAAUUUCAAAAACCCACAAUUGAUGCUUUGGACGUUGAGGAUAUCAAAAGCAAUGGCACUGCCCCAGCUGAAAUCAGUCCCAUUCAUUUGUUUGCGGGUGAGACCUCAUUGACUGAAUGCUUCCCAGUCUGUUCAUCUGGUGUUUUUGAGGUCAUGUGCAACAUCUCUCUGGACAGACCAUUAAUAUCUGACCAACUAAAGGCUGAACUCAAUCCACUGGUCAUCACAAUUUUGUCUGCCGCCUCAAUGCCUUCAUCCCCAGUCCCCUUCCACGUCCUACAGGAAAAAUGUAUGCCUGUAUAUUGCCAGUACAAGUUCCAUAACUUGCACAGAACAAAGUUUCACAAGCAUGGCACCAACAUCUACUUCAGGGAUGUGAAUGUGAUCCUGACUGGCUUGAUGAGUCCUGAAGAGCUCAAAGAAUUCCUCUCCGGUCCAUCUCUUGAGAUAGAGGUCCAUGAUCGUGACAGAAAGUUGGAAGAAACUAAGAAAACCCCAGCAGUGCUUGGCACCGGGUCAGAUAAAGACAUCCUAUGUGGUGCGGCACUAUUAAAACAGAAGGCAGCAGUCAUUAACUCUCAUGGUAUUGCAAGCCUGAACUUCUCUGAGCUGCUACUUGGGAAGAAAAGCCUAAAGGUGCACUCACCGAUCAGAUGCUCCCCUCCACCUCCGCUGCAAAGUGCAUGCAGGAAGAUGACAGACACGGCAGCUAGUAGAGAGCCAAUGCAACAAGGCCAUUAUUUUGAUGCCAAUUCUCAACUCAAAGUCAAGGUUGAGAUAGCUUGUCCACUCAACAUUAAGAACAACAGCUGUGAACUGGAGUCCUGUGAUGGUCCGUUUGGGCGCAUCAUCUACCUCUUCGAUUACAACAACUUCCCUUUGAUGACCAAGCUGAGGUCCGAAAUCCUCAGAAUCAACGCAUCAGCUUUCCAUCUGGACUCACAGUCACUGGAAAAUAUAGAGAAAUCCCUAUCAAAUUACAUAAUGACUUUCAAAAACGAUGAGAGCAAGGAUCUGGAUUUUGUUACAGGAUUCCACGUGCUGGAUAAGAGAAAACACAUCUUUGUUCUUGAAGGGCUGAAACAUAAAGCGGUGAAGAGACUUUGUGAUGCUGUUCCGAUGAAGCUGAGUGGGAGUGAUGAGGAGCAGGUGAUAGUCCUCUACAAUUCAAACCUGUGUUUCUUCAAGCGCAUCUAUGACUCACUAGAUGUGGGCCUGACUCCUAUCCAUCUACAUGAGUCACUAGAGACCAUCAUGAGACAGCCUCUGGUCUACAUUAGAGGCAUGGUCCCCCAACUCUGCUUCCAAGCUUUGUUAAGGUUAAGCCAGCUUUGUCAAGUAAGGCAACUCAAAGAUGUGGUGCAGUGCAGCCUCUUCCCAUCAGCUGACAUGAUUCUCAGCAUGAGCAAGGAAUAUGCUGAGCAGUGGGAGCAAAAAGCCUCAGCAAACACUGAGGUGGACAUGCCCACUCUGCCUGUCCACAUUAAAAGACAUCCACUGCUCAACACGCACAACAGAGAGUACACGAAAUGGAAACACAACAGCCAGCGGUUGCCGCAUAAACAGUCGAAGGACUUCAUUCAGGACAAUAUUAAAAAGGUUCAAGAGGAAAGUGAGCGGUUGCAGAAGCCAGAGGCUGCUGUAUUAAGGAUCGAACAGUCUGAAGCCAGGCCAACACACAACUACAGCAUCCAAACCUUCAACUCAACUGAACAAGCCAAGGAGUUGCUCCGCAAAGAGAUGUCUAAGGUGCCAGGGCGGAGGUUUACCUACAGUCAGCAGUAUUGGAGUGCUACAGUGGAUCAAGAAGAUGUGCCUUCUAAAAAUGACUCCCACUCCACUGCUGCCUCUCCAGUUUGGUUUACAAGUAUGAGCAGCGACAAGUCCAAAGUGCACCCUAGACACCCAGAUGAGGCUCGUGUGGAAGAGCUGAGGAAGCCAUGGAGAGAGAACAUCCUACAUGCCACUAUAUUGAAGCCUACACUUUCAAGGGACGUAUGGCCCUGGAGCCAGCGCUCUGAGGACUUUCAGCUCUACAGACAACCUACUUUCUUCCACCCACAUCCUGUUACUUGUCACCCUGGAGACCUUCUGCAGCAGGAGCAGCUCGAGGCAGCCAGAGCUCAGUACUGUCGCUGGCUGAAGAAGCUGCUUCCUGGCGGCAGCACCAACCCACCAGGCAAGGGCUCCUUCCCCGAGUUCAAGUGUCACAUGGGGGGAAACUCAGAGAGAUUUCAGGAUAUACUGAAAGAUGAGCCUAAGAAGUAUUCACUGAGGAAACCAGGCAUGGUGCUGAAGCCCUUGCCUCAACUGUCUGUGAUGAACUCGGGCGACAACCAAGCAGAGAAACAGAAGAGCGUGGCUCUGGCCCCAAGCCCCUGUGGGGACUGCAGCCUCGGCAGCAAAAACAACGCCAUCGCCAGACAAAACUCCACGUACAACAAUCACCACUACAUCGGAGUCAAUAAGCAGCAUUCAUUCCUGUACAAGCGGACUGCCCUGCCUCUGACAGACGACGAGAGGAGUAUCUUCACUUUUCAAAAGUAUGACCCAAACAUGAAGACACACACAUCAGCUGUCCAGCCUCUCAGGAACAUUGGUAGAAGGCAGAAGCCACAAGAACUGUACCCUGUAGACAGGGUUCAACAUUAG